AACUUUCUUUUCUUUCUUUUCUUUCUUUUCUUUCUUUUCUUUCUUUUCUUUCUUUUCUUUCUUUUUUUGGCCUCUCGUAUAAACCUCCUUUCCUCUUUUUUUUUUUAGGACCAAGACGUCCCGGGACUAUCCUGAUACGCACCUCAAAUCCCGUCUGCUUCAUUAGUGUCUGAUACCGGGAAGAGGAGUCCCCACUAGCGUUGGUGAAGCCCCCAAACUCUUUACCGAGACUCCUGGCCUGGUGCCAGCAUGUCGACCCCGGUCGAGGAGCGCACAGCUCCAAAAUACCCGGAGAAGAAGGACAGGACCGAUGGUCACUCCCCAACCUCCGACGAAGGCACUUAUAUCAACGAGGGCUCGCAAGACACUCACGACAACCACCUCAGGGUGGACACCUCGUAUGAAGACGAGCUGGACCGGGCAGCUUUACGCUCGCCUUCUGCCCAGAGGGAAGAAUCCAAACGCCUCGAAGAUGAUCUAGCUCUCCUCGAAGCAGAGCGUAUGGCGUCGCGCUCCACCCAUGAGGAUACUGAGAAGGAUGGCGAACGGACCUCGAUAUCGCGGACUCGCUCACUUCGCUCACAGAAUGUAGACGAGUUCGACGAGGCCACUAACCCCUUACAUGAAAAGGCCGCGGUCUACAACCCACCGGAGGAUCCCAACACGAGCAUCGCUAGAUUCAUCAAGAAGAUUCAUGCGUCAAGUUUUCUCGUCCGCUACAUUACCUAUAUUGUGCCCUUGGUUCUUAUUUUGCUGAUCCCGCUGCUGGUCGGCGCACUGGCUUACCCGAAGGCGAACGUGGGAGGUGUCAAACUGCUGUGGUUCUCUGUUUGGUUGGAAAUUGUCUGGUUGACUCUGUGGGCCGGUAGAAUUAUGGCCAAAUGUAUUCCUGUCGCUGCAGGGUUGCUGGCUAGUAUCUUCACAAACAACGCGAAGAAGUGGCGCGACAUGGCAAAGCAGUUGGAGCUGCACGCGACCCUUUUCUUUUGGUGGUUGGGCGUUGAGAUUUCUUUUCUGCCCACGAUGAAAAGUCACCAUGUGAACGGUGACUCGACAACGCGUUCGUGGGAGAAAACAGUCAAUAAGAUUAUCAUCUCCAUCUUCGUCUGGACGAUUUUGAACUAUAUUGAGAAGAUCAUUAUCCAACUGAUCGCCAUCAAUUUCCAUACACGGACUUAUGCUGAUCGAAUCGAGAUCAACAAAUUCCAGAUCGGCAGCUUGACCAAAUUAUACGACUUCUCUCGCAAUAGGAUUACUCAGAAGGAUGAGGAAUUUGAAGAAAAGCAAGAGAGCGGUGGCAGUGGCGCCAAGACCCCAUUGCAUAUUCCACUACAGUACGCCGGAAAGGCGCAGCGAGUAGCCAAAGGCGCGUUGAAUAAGGUUGGAGAUAUGGCGGGAGCAGUGGCCGCAGAUUUCACUGGCCGGAAGGCGACCAAUAGUACUCACCCCUACCAAGUAGUUCUGACCCUGUUGCGGACCACUUCGGGCUGCCAGGUUCUGGCCCGGCGACUCUAUCGGACCUUCGUGCGCGAUGGAUUUGAUACUGUCUUUGCUGGUGAUCUUAAGGAGGCCUUUGACAACAGCGACGAAGCCGAGGCCGCAUUUAUCAUGUUUGACAAGGAUAUGAAUGGCGAUAUCUCGAUGGACGAGCUGGAGGCGGUUUGCGUGGAAAUCGGACGGGAACGCAAGGCGAUUACCGCAUCUCUGAAGGAUCUAGACUCGGUCGUCUCACGACUUGACAAUGUUUUGGAGUUCUUUGUACUCGUCAUUACAUUGAUAGUCUUUUUGUCUCUCAUCUCGACUUCGGCUUCUGGAGUACUCACGUCCGCGGGUUCCAGUAUCCUCGCCUUGUCUUGGCUCUUUUCAGCCACUGCGCAGGAGUUUCUGCAGUCGAUCGUCUUCGUCUUCGUCAAGCAUCCAUUCGAUGUAGGCGAUCGUGUGACGAUUUAUGGUAACUCAGGUGACGCUGGCUUGGGUGAUGACUAUUUUGUCAAGCAAAUCUCGCUUCUCUACACGGAGUUUAAGAAGAUGCAGGGUCACGUCGUCCAGGCACCGAACAGCUAUCUAAACACACUCUUCAUCCUCAAUCAACGCAGAUCUGGCGCCCUCGCUGAAGCCGUCCCUAUUAUCAUCAAGUACGGCACGACGCUCGAACAGAUUGAUGCCUUGCGCCAACGCCUGUUGGAAUUUGUCCGAAGCGAAAAGCGCGAGUUCCAGACCAACAUCUUGACCGAGAUGCGUGCCGUGACCGAAAACUUCUCCGUGACUCUCAACGUUGUCUUCUUCUACAAGUCCAACUGGCAGAAUGAAGGACUGCGUCUGCAACGUCGCAACAAGUUCAUCUGUAUGCUCAUGGUCGCCUUGCAGGAGAUCGGCAUUGAGGGCCCACGCAUGAACCUCCAGGGUGCCCGUGUCGACAUCCCCUUCCAUGUCUCGGGCUUCCCAUCUCAGAUGUCCACAGCAGACAACAGAGAUGUCCGGCCGCCACCGACCCCUGUCCACGACGAAAGUACUGGUCACAGCAGCUCCAGCGCCACCCGCCACCCAUCGAUCCUACGAAAAGGUAUGAACACCGCCGCUGCCCGUGCUCGUGGCGAGUCGUUUCAGCCCCGCAAGCAUGUAGACUUCUCGCUAGGAAUGCGCGAAUUCUCCUCCGGUGAUGUAAUGGGCGAUGUGUUCGAAACCCGCUCCCCUCGUAUUGAUGACGUCGUCCGCUUCUCCAACCGUGAAGCUGCUCAGCGUCGCAUUCAGGAGGAGGAAGAGGAGGCCGAACGCCAAAGUCGCACAUCGUCCUCCAGGGCACGACGUCCAUCCAACCUCAGCGUCCCAUCUCAACCGGGUGAUGGUCGUCGGUCGACCGAAUCCCAAGGCACUCAUAGCCUGUCCUCCAUCAGUCGCAACCGCUUCUUCCGCCACCGCUCCAGUACCAGCCGGGAGCGUGACGAUUUGGCAGAGCAAGGCCGAUAUGACACGGGCGAUAUCCGCCCUGUUUCGCAGGGCGCCAAAUAAUCUCGAACCGUUUUGUAUACGUACCUUUUCAUUCUCUCUUAUAUUACUUUUCUGGUUAAAAACACAUUCGAUCGAUCAUACAUACUGCCAUCUAUCUGAUACCUACGCGCACAUGAUCCACGUUAUUUAAUGGGUGAUACUAUGGGCGGCAUCGUUCUUCUUUUCGGUUUUUGGAUAUGAUGGGGCAAGACUGAGUCUCUAAGUUCAUGUUCACGUGGGCAUAUGCAUUUUUAAAGCCGGCGGUUUUGUAUAUGCGUUCUUAAACAUAGUACUCCACCCUAUAAAUGUCAGGUUUUCUCAUUGUCAUUUAAUAAAUUAUUAGACUUUACGAGAUUGAUAAUUAGCUAGCUUGAAG